GUGGGAUUAGGGUUUCGAUGAGCACUCGAUUCGGUGUUCUGCCCUCCUCCGGCCAUGGCUUCUGAGAAAGAGGCGGCUCUCGUCGCGACUCCUUCUGAUUCUACCAUAUUUGACAAGAUCAUCAACAAAGAAAUACCUUCUACGGUGGUUUAUGAGGAUGACAAGGUCUUGGCAUUUAAAGACAUAGAACCCCAGGCUCCCGUACAUAUCCUCCUUAUUCCCAAAGUGAAGGAUGGCUUAUCUGGUCUCUCUAAGGCUGAGGAGAGGCACAUUGACAUCUUGGGCCGUCUUCUAUACGCUGCCAAUCUCGUGGCAAAGCAAGAAGGCCUGGAUGAUGGCUUCAGGAUUGUGAUUAACGAUGGACCCAACGGAUGUCAAUCGGUGUACCAUAUCCAUGUCCAUGUCCUUGGAGGCCGCCAGAUGAACUGGCCACCUGGCUAAGGCAAUCUGAACGACAAUUGUCCUUGUUAAGAGGACUGACAAGUAGUAUCCAUGUUUUGCCUGUCCCCUAGUGGCUAUAUGAAUAAAAGCUCAGACAAAACCCAUUAUUGUUAUGAGAACUUUAUUUAUGUGGAUGAUUAUCGAUGGUAUGAGAAGGACGUUGCCUAUAUUGCUUCUA